AAGUUGCUUGAAUUUAAAGAGUUCUCUACAUAAAAAAAUUCUUGGAUUCUAAAGAUUUUAAUUUUUCGCAAUUAAAUCAGAAAAACAAAAGAUUAAAAUAAAAUAUUCGAUAAAUAUAUCAACAGCUUGUUACGAGGAACAUAAGAAAAAAUUAAAAUUCGAAGAAUUUCCGGGUUAUAAACGAAUUGAAAAAAUCGAUCACGGAAAUUUUCACAAGUUGAUAAAAGUAUGGCGGACAAACAAGAUGAUUCACUUUAUCCUAUCGCAGUUUUAAUCGACGAAUUAAAGAAUGAAGAUAUUCAGCUUCGAUUAAACUCAAUCAAGAAACUUUCAACAAUUGCUUUGGCUUUGGGUGAAGAACGAACAAGAACUGAAUUAGUUCCGUUUUUGACUGAGACGAUUUAUGACGAAGAUGAAGUUUUAUUGGCAUUGGCAGAACAAUUGGGCACUUUCACAAAUCUCGUCGGCGGUCCUGAAUACGCAAUGUAUUUGAUUCCACCACUUGAAAGUUUAUCGACAGUGGAAGAAACUGUAGUACGAGACAAAGCUGUUGAGUCUUUACGUAGUGUUGCCGCUCAACACAGUGCUCAUGAUCUGGAAGUUCACGUGAUUCCAACACUUCAGCGUUUGGUGUCUGGCGAAUGGUUUACCUCACGAACAUCAGCUUGUGGUUUAUUCUCUGUCUGUUAUCCUCGUGUUCCAGCAUCAGUUAAAGCUGAAUUACGCAAUCUUUUCCGUCAAUUGUGUCAAGAUGAAACGCCAAUGGUUCGACGAGCUGCUGCCGGUAAACUUGGUGAAUUUGCGAAAGUUGUUGAAGUUGAAUACUUGAAAUCAGACUUGAUUCCAAUGUUUGUUCAGCUUGCACAAGAUGACCAAGAUUCAGUUCGUUUAUUAGCUGUAGAAGCUUGUGUAAGCAUCGCUCAAUUGCUACAACAAGAAGAUGUUGAAACUUUGGUGAUGCCAACAUUACGUCAGUGUGCGAAAGAUUCUUCGUGGCGUGUUCGUUAUGUCGUCGCUGAGAAGUUUGUUGACUUGCAGAAAGCUGUUGGACCAGAAAUUACAAAAACUGACUUGGUUCCUGCAUUCCAGUACCUUCUCAAAGAUACUGAAGCUGAAGUUCGUGCAUCGGCAGCAACAAAAGUGAAAGAUUUCUGUGCUAAUUUAGAUCCAGCAAAUCAAGAACAAAUCAUCAUGACGUCAAUAUUGCCGUAUAUAAAGGAGCUCGUGUCUGAUGCUAAUCAACAUAACAUAAUUCAACAUUUACUUCCCCUCUUCUUGACUCAACUCACUGAAUGGCCUGAAGUUCGCCUCAACAUCAUUUCGACUUUAGAUUGCAUCAACGAUGUCAUUGGAAUUCAACAAUUAUCACAAUCACUUCUCCCAGCGAUCGUUGAAUUAGCAGAAGACUCAAAAUGGCGUGUUCGUUUAGCAAUCAUUGAAUACAUGCCGUUACUCGCUGGUCAACUUGGACAAGAAUAUUUCAAUCAAAAACUUCGUGAUUUAUGCUUUAAUUGGCUCAAUGAUCAUGUUUAUGCCAUCCGUGAAGCUGCAACGCUCAAUAUGAAGAAAAUUGUUCAAACAUUUGGAACGCAAUGGGCUGAAACGAACAUAAUUCCACAAAUUCUCGUCAUGUAUAAGAACAACAAUUAUUUGCAUCGAAUGACCUGCUUAUUCUGCAUUAAUGCACUUGCCGAUGUUGUUGGCGCUGAUGCCAUUAAGCGAUUAUUCCUUCCCACAAUUAAAACUCUUGCUGGUGACGCUGUUGCAAAUGUUCGCUUUAAUGUCGCUAAGACGCUGCAAAAGAUUUCACCUUUCUUAGAUCAGGCAACAAUUGAUGCUGAAGUGAAACCGAUUCUUGAACAACUAAACACAGAUGCUGAUGUUGAUGUUAAGUAUUUUGCAUCGGAAGCGAUGUCAACAAUUCCUGGAUUAGCAGCUUAAAAUUAUUAAUUAAUUAUUGAGAAAACAUUCGUCAUUGAUUAAUUAUAAACAGAGAAAUGUUAAAUGUUUAAAAACAUAAACAAAAAAACGCUAAACAAAAGAAGGAAACUCACUUACACACACAAUCACAUACACAUCUUUAUAAAAAAAAUUAAUAAUAUUACAAAACAAGAAGAAGGAAAAGAAAAUAACUUAAAAAUUGUUUAUUUAAAAAAAAAUAUUUUCCAUUUCCAACUUGACAGAAAAUUCAUUUUCUGAUUUAAAAUUGGCUUUUUAUUCUAUUAGAAGUUCGGAUUUCAUUUCAUUUGGAGCUGUAGAUGUUGCGUGUUAGUGUUUAUUCCUUAAACUUCUUUUCCUGUCACAUGAAAAUUUAAAAAAUCUUUAAGCUCGAAAUGAAAUCCAAGAAGAAGUAAAAGUGAAAAUUUUCGAUCCGCGAUGAAAACUUAGGAAAAGUGAAAUUUAUUCUGUUGGAUCAUUUGAUAUUCUUCUUAAUAAAAUAAAUAAAGAAUAAAAAAGAAAUGAAAAAUUUUGUUUAAUCUUUAA